AUCAUGCUGAUGCUGCAUAACACUUGUAUGGCCAUUACAGUUUACUCUGAGUGUACUUUCAAUGAUAUACAAGUUGUAUUACAACAGAAGUGAAAACUGGUGAAUGAAAUUGGAGUACUAUCUUUAACUCAUUAGUAAUUGAAUGAAGCACCGCGAUACUCAUUUAUAUAUACUAAUAUUAAAUCAAUGGCCAUGGCCUCUUCGAGGUAAGUUAUUUUUACUUAUAUGUAUAUUACUCAGAAUGUGUAGACAGUUAAAGUCUUAAACUUUAUUAAGUCUCUUCUUCUAUAGUCUAUAGUAAAGUCUAUAGUAAUGUAUAGUAUGUCUAUUACUAGGACUAGUAUUACAUGUUGACGUUGAACUAUGUUGCCUAAAUUUAAAUGUAAUGUUGGCUACUAAUACUAAUACUUAUUAAUUAAGUAAAAGUAAGUUAUUAAGUAAGCACUACUUAUGACUUAAGUUGUUUUUGGGUUUUUUAAUUUAGGCCUGUGGCAUUUGCUAUUUACUAUUUAUUACUAUUAAUAGUAGGCUGGUAGGAUAAUAUAAACAUAAAACAACGCUGGAUGCUGCUGAGUGCUGUCCAUGGCUAGACUGGGUUAGAUAGUUCUUGGGCUUGGGUGGGUGAGGUCAAGCUUUAGUUUUUACCAAUUGUUUUUUAAUGUCUAAUUUUCUGUAGUGUAAUUGAUAAUUUUUAUUUGAAGCGCAGUGAGCCCAGCCCAACGCUGAGGGUACUGUGCUAUAUAAAAACCACCUUAAUAAUAAUAAUAAUAAAGAAAGGGGUUAGUGGUUACGUGUAUGAGCAGAACGCCCUUAGUCCUUCCUUAGAACAAUAUAAGCAUUAGGGGUGUGCCGGAUCCGUUUUUUCCAACCGGAUCCGGAUUUUCUUAUGCGAAAUCCGCCGGAUCCGGAUUCCGGAAUAAUCCGGAUUCCGGUUUCUCCCGGAUUCCAGAUUUUGGUACUUUGCAGAUACCGGUAAAUCUGAUUUGUUGGGUGCCUUAUAUGGAAAAUAGAAAUUAUUCAGAAAUCACUGAAAUCAGAAUAAAACGCAGAUUGAUAAUAAGUUAACGCUCGAAACAAUCGAUUAAUGUAUCGUGAUCGUGUGGAAUUCGGGAAAGAGAAUUACUUUUAUUUCAGAUUAUGAUCCGGUGAGUCACAAAAUCUGGCAAAUUCUGAAAUCCGGUAUAUUCUGGAUUCCGGUUGUUCCGGAUACAUGUAAAUCCGACGGAACCGGAUUUCACCGGAUAGUGCAAAAUCCAGUGGAACCGGAUUCCGGCACACCCCUAAUAGGCAUAGGUGAUAUUGAGUAGAGUGAGUGCAAUAAUGUCAAUCAAUAGUCAGUGAUGAUAGUAAACUCAAUGUUUCAGGGUGAUUUUUCCUUCCUUCCUCACACAGGGCUCACAGGCCUAUGCCUAAAUUCUUCUAAAUCAGGAGGAGCAUAGCUUUAAUGGAUUCUGAAAAUAUUAAUUACAUUAAAAUGUUCAACUUUUGUUCAAACAAUAACAACAUUCCAGUAGUUUGAUAUGGUACUAAAUAAGUUGUUAAUUAAACUUAAAUUCAUUCUGCUACUUUUUUUUAAAGGAAACUUUGACAGAGUUGACCUAUAUCCUUUUAAAGAAAUUGUUAAAAAUUUAAUUCACUCUACUCUAUAUUCAUUUAUGAAAAUAUUGUGAAAUUACUUUUAAAAUAAGCUUUGAAAUAGUGUUUGUGAAUUUGAAAAUAAGAAUUCAUGUUCACAUAUAACCUUUACCUUAAUAAAAAAUAUUAUUACUUUCUAAAGGUCAAACCGUAAAAGAUCGCAUCAUGAGGUGGAAGAUGGGGAUGAAUGUCUACCAAUAUCAAAGAGAAUAAAUUCUCUUCACAUUGAGUAAGUAAAUAAAAAGUGCUAUUCAUGCCUUUCAUUUUAUUAUCUAAGGUAGAAAAUUAUAUAAGAAGAUUAGAUAAGUGGAUUUUAUUGAAAAGCAACAUGCAAGGUCAGUUCUUAAGAUAUUUUUUUGGACAAUGGUAAGUAGACCUUCAGUUUAUAUAUACCCGGUAUAUAAAUAUAUAUAUAUUGUAAAUUAGUUUGUUUACUCCCAUGAGUCAACUUUGUUAAUCAUAGAAGAAAAAUUUGAUUUAAGUUUACACACUUUUAUUUCUGCGUUUUCAAUUUCAGGGGACAAUCACAUGCAGUAUUCCCACAGGUAAGCAGCAUUACAAUUCUUUACCAAUUUGUUUUGAAUCAUUGUACAGAUUUAAAAUGAAUUUAUUGAUAACAUUUUAUUAGUCACUUAAGGUAAGGGGAAUUGUUUAAAACUAUAUUUUUAAAUAAAGUAAUUACCGUAUAUAAUGAAAAUAAUUUGUAACUUCUUUAAUGUGAAAAUUAUUUUCUUUUCACUUUAUAGCCAAAUGGAAAUCAUGUCCAUAUAUUUGCUGGUGUACAUGAAAAUGCUGUUGCUGGAGGUGUAGAGUCGGUCACAGAUGCCAGUCAUCAACAGGACUUAAAUAAUCCAUCCUAUUGUCACAACCAUGACCUGAACAAUUCCGAGUCCUUAAGACAUCAUCCAGUCAAUGGACAAGCCAUUUCACAAUUGCACAACAUAAACAAUAUGCAUAAUUCCUGUGGUGAUAA